AUGUAUAACUGGUUUAGUAGUAUAUUUGAAAUGAAUUUACCACUAUACUCGUGUGAAUUACAGUCAGUUAUUGUAUUCUCAGCAUGUUUAGGCACUUUUUUUAUGGGUGCAUUGAUAAUCUUUUUAAUUACACUAUCUCAGCGAAGACGAAAGAGAAGAGAUCUAGAUGAAGAAAAUCUUCGAAAAUUGUUACGAUUUAAAAAUUCACUAUGGUUACCAAAAUAUGCUAAAGCUACAUUGGCUGGGAAAAAAGCUUUUGGAAGAUUUUUGGCUAUUGCAUCGAAUGAUUUAUUCUCAACGUGGAUGUCAUUAUACUCUUUUAUUGAUCAUUGUACCAUACUCGGCACUUUUUCAACAUUUAUCACGGGACAGUAUCAGUUCAUGUUUGGAUUUUUGUAUUUCGCUAGACUGACAAGAAUUCCUGAAUCACUGGUAUUGUUGAGAAUUAUAAAUCAUGAACGCUCUAUACGCAUAGUAAAUUUAGUUGUCAGACUUUUGGCUGCAUGGACUAUUUUAGCUGGUAUUGUAUUUGUUCUUGAACGUGUGGGUAAUUUUUGGGUUAAUGAAAGUAAUAAUCGAAAACUUGUAUAUAUGGAUUGUUUAUACAUGAUUCUUGUUACACUGGCCACCGUCGGUUAUGGAGAUAUUGUAUGUACAAGUUAUUUAGGACGUAUUUUCAUCAUAUUCGUAAUUAUUGGAGCACUUAUAUCAGUAACAACACAUGUGUCGGAACUCAGUGAAUUGUUUCAACAACACAAUCAAUAUAAUAAAGUUAUCUAUAUGGAACACAAUCCAAGGCACAUCGUUGUAUGUGGAUGCAUAAACUACAGUACAAUAUCAAUAUUUUUUGAGGAAUAUGUAAAUGCUGACAAAGGCCAUUAUGAUGAAAAUAUGAUGAUUGUUAUCCUGUCAGAGAUCGAUCCUGAUAUUAGUCUAACGGCAUUACUUCAGAGAGAAAGCACUACAAUGAGGUUUCUGAAGGGAUCUGUGACCUUACCAGAAGAUUUAGAAAGAGCUAAAGUGAGAACUGCUGAAGCUGUGAUUAUUCUUUCCAACAUAUACAGUCAAACCCCUGCUGAAGAUGACUGGAAAAAUUUAAUGUGUGUUAUUUCUAUUAAAAAUCUAUAUCCAAAUAUUCGAAUAAUUUGUGAACUUAUGUUAAUUGAAAGUAAGGCAUGGAUGUCUAAUAUACCUGGAUGGAAAGAAUACGAAAGUGAUCAGUUCGAUAGAGCUAUUUGUUUAACAAAAAUGAAACUAGGCCUACUGGCAUUAAAUUGUUUAUCAGAUGGGAUAUCAACUCUGUUAUGCAAUUUUAUAAUGCGUGAUUCAGCACCAACAGCUUCAGUUAGAAAAACUUUACCUCAAUGGAUAAAUGAAUAUUUUCAAGGUACAAAAUAUAAAUUAUAUACUGUGAAAUUUUCUCAUGCAUUCGAUGGGAUGUUGUUUCAACAAUUAGUUGGCUUAGCCAUGGAAUUUUGGGGUGUACUUUUGUUAGCUGUACAAGUUUAUACUGAUAAUGAUAAGAGAACGCAAAUGAUUAUCAAUCCAGGUGUACGGGUACGAAUUAAUACUUAUCGAAUGCGUGCAGUUGUUUUGGCUAAAACUUUAAUUGAAGCACAACGCUUGAGGACUUUCUCAAUGGACGGUCAAAUAAUGUUCGAUAAUUAUGGUCAAGUCACAUUUUCGCCACCUGUUCGGUAUCAGGAUAGUACAUACGAACAGUCGAAGACGCUUUCUUCAACUGCAGCAAGUUUUGCUAAAACAAUUCAAAUAUGUUUAGAUUUUCUUCGACAACCGAUUGAAACUUACAAUAAAAUUAGGAAGGCCAAACUUUUAUCAAACGUACAUAAAUGUGCAAGUAGUUUUUCAAUGAACUCGCAUUAUCGUUAUCCGUAUCCAGAUAGUUCAGUAGUUGAUUUAGAACAACUACAAAGAUUGAAUUCAAUCGAUUUACAGUGUGAUAGUACUGGUUUGUUUUAUUGGGUAACUGAGCGAAAAUUCUCAAAUAUAUGUUUGACAAUGAAAGAAAUGAUUCGAUGUCAGUUUAAAAAUCACAUCGUUGUAUGCAUCACAAAACAACCGAAAGAAAUAAAAUUAGGUUUAGCUACUUUUGUACUUCCUCUGAGAUCAACUUCAAUACCCGUUGAAGAAUUGAAGCCAAUCAUUAUUUUAUGUGAAGCUAAAGUUAUUGAAAAUGAAUGGCGAUCGCUGAAAAAUCUUCCAAAUAUCUAUGUUUUUUCAGGAUCACCAUUAAACAGAGCAAAUCUUCGAGCUGCCGGUGUUGAAAGAUGUUCAACUUGUGUUGUACUCUCAUGCUCAUUCAAUACUUCUGGAAGACCAUCAUUGAUGAUUGAUAAAGAAAGUAUUUUAUGCACUUUGAAUAUUCGUCAAUUGUUAGCUGAUGCAAAUGAUACAAAUGUUUUAAAUAAGACUGAGCGCAAUUCACCUAUGCUUGUAACUGAACUUUUGUCACAAUAUCAUUUCAAUUAUACGAAUAAUAAUUUCUCUAAAAAUGUUAUUUUACUCUUUGUCUAUUUAAUAUUCAAUGCUAAUAAAUUCAAUAUGGAUUAUAUUUUGCAUUGUUUCUCUAGUCAAACACAAAUAUCAAGUUGUCCUGAAACUCAAAUUAAACAAAAUUUAAUUUGUACAAAUAAUUCAGCGCCAACUACAAAAAUUAAUGAUCAUGCUGUUGUGAAUAAUCAAAAUGCUGAACUGAAUGACUUAUUUAUAAGACAAAUUGACGAAUUUCAUAAUGACAAUACAAUAAUGCAAACAAACGAAGAGAAAAUCGUUCCACUGCCAUCUUGCAACAAUAACACUAAUGAUGAUAUUUAUAAUCAUACUGAUGACAAUAAUAAUAAUAAUAAUGUUGAUGAUGAUGACGAUGAUGAUGAAGAUAGUCCAGCUAGUCGUUAUAGUACCGCGGAAUCAUCGCCAUGUGAAGACUUUGAAUCAAAUGUGAAUGAAGAAAUGGAAAUAGAAAAUUAUAAUCUUGAUAAUCAAAGUAGUAAAAUUAUUGGAAAAACCAACAAACGGAAACAAAGUCAAAAUCUGAAAGCACAAUCAACAAAUUCAACAAUGAAUAAUCAUAGUGUAGCGUUAGAAUUUCGAACAAUUGUUCAACGAGAUGAAUAUGGUUAUGGAUUUCGAGUCUGUGGCAAUAAACCUGUGUCAGUGCAUAAUGUUCGUAAAGAUGGGAACGCAGAGAAAGCUGGUCUCAAGGCUGGAGAUCAAAUUGUUGAAGUGAAUGGCAUUUUGGCCGUUAACCUCAAUCAUGAAGAUGUUGUUGAACAGAUUCGAUCAAGAAAUCAAGUAUCUCUAAGGCUCAGAAGAUUACGUUACCAAGUGGUCGAUGGUUUAACUGGAUAUCGAGUAGGUUCUAUGAGAAAUUUAACUUGUAAUGAAGCUCCGAUUCUGAGAUCACAACAACGUCAUCAUUAUCAAAAACGUCGAUCAACUCGAGAGUCUCCAUCAACUGGUAAUACAGCUUCUGCCGUAGUUAGACGAAGACCUCAUCUUGGAACCCAGACAUUUAAAAUAGCUAGAAGUUGUUCACCACCUCCUUUACCGUCAAUCGAUUCAAUUAAUGAUUCAAUCGGUCCACACACAGAUGAAGAUAUUGACUGGAGAAAAGAGGAAGAGACUAACUUAGAACCUAACCCCAGUUCAUCUCCCCAAGUAUCUUCCUCCAAUGCAGCUAGCUUGCCUCCCACAUUUAGAAUGGUUCGGCCUCGCUCUAGCAUUGGUCCCAGUGAUCGUACCACUAAAGAAAGACCCGUUAGUUCAGGACCUGAUAUGUUUAGCCUAUUCAAGAGAGGCUCAGUCAAGGAUGUAAAUCAUCCAGAAUGUGUAAAGGAGGAAGAUGGCUCUGUAGAUGGAUCAUCUCAUGAUUCUACUACUGCUAAUAGUAAUAAUAAUAAUACGAAUAACAGUAGUAGCAGUGGUAGUAGUAGCAGUAGUAGUUCUAAAUCAUUAUCUCGAACAUCUCUCCCUAGUUAUUCUAAAUCUAUUCCUACGUCAAGUAAAAAAAUUACCGGUAAUCUCAAGGAUCAGUUAACAUUUUCCAGUAGUACACCACCUCCUGGUCAUGUGCUGGGUAGAAAUUUCGAAGAUGAAGGUGACAGUGAUCUUAGCAAUGCAAACGAUCUUGUUCAUUUAUCAUCAGAAUUCGAUGACGCAACAUCAGUAUUGAAAAGUCCGGCUAAAUGUGCUAUAUUUAUCGACUACUUGUUUUCGCAUAAACGAGAUCCUACGUGUACGCUUUUCCACAUUGUCAAUCAAUACUUUCAACGAUCAAUGGUUUCAUCCAAAGAAUUAUUGAAAGAUGAAAAACGUGUUGGUCUUGAGAUAUUUACAACAUUCUUGCAUGAUAAGUCUCCCUUACGUUUAGAUGUACGAAUUCCAAUUGUAUUGAAAUCAUUCGAUUUUAAUGAAUGCUCAAAAUUGUUCAAUUCUGUUGAUCAACAAUGUUUGAAUCAGAUACAAGUACAAGUAUCUAAGUUAGCUGAAGCAAUUAAUCUGGGUAUGGAUACAUGGUGUCUUUCAGAACCAAUCGAUUUCGUUUUGUCUCGCAAUAAAGAAGAAGAAUUAGCAUGCUUCGAAUCGCGUCUAAGUAGUUAUCUCGAUGCGUUGCAUCAACUAUUUACCGGAAGUUGUACAGAGAAUCAAAUCGCUCUUAGCAUAUGUCGAUUACCAACCACAUCUGCGUCAGUUACAUGUGAACAAAUCGCUCAGGCAAUCACUACUUGUUUGGUUACAGCUCACCGGUAUUAUUCUAUGUCCCACUUAUCAAGUGCCGAUUAUCCUGAGACUAGAGAUUCUGGACAUUCUAUUAGACAUAGUCUUUUUGCAAGGUCUUUUGAAAAUUUAACUUCAUCAGCGUUGGGCAAUGCAGUUGGUUUAGGUAGUGUAUCAGGAAGCAUUGGAAGUGGAUUAUCAUCUGCUGGUUCACAUUUAUGGACAAAAUUAACUCCAUAUUGUGCUAAAUCGAAACAAAAAUCUCAUUCUUUGCUCAAUCGUAAAACUAAAUGGUCUCACAAAGGUCAUUCGUUUUAUGAAUACACUUAUGAACGUGUUGUUAAUUGUGGUGUAUGUGGAUUGUUAUUAUGGGGACUCAAUUCACAAGGUUUUAAUUGUAAUAAUUGUGAUCUAUUUUUACAUUCAAAAUGUAAAAAUGGUAUUCGAGAUCAUUGUAGUAAAGAAGGACGUAGAACAACGGGUUCUGUAUCUGGAAAUGUCUUAACUGGUAUGCUUGGUAGUAUACCAAAUUUAACGAUGGAUACAUAUAUUCCAAGCAACAUACCGAACCAAAUAUCUUUGAAUUCCAAUCUAAUUGGUUCGACUGAUCGUAUUUAUCAAACUAACUCAGUUGAUAAUCCACUGGACGUUGUUGCUUCUCUAGAUGACACACUCAAUUCAUCGUGUCAAGAUUACACUUAUAGUUCUGGACUGAAUGAAACCUCGUCAAUAUCAGGUAAUGGAUGUGGUGACACAUCUGUCAAUUUUUCUUCACCAGGAUUAUCGAAACGUGAUUCAGUUUCAUCAUUGUCAGCUACGUCUAGCUGUCAAAGUCCUACGUGUUCUCAUCCACAAUCUGGUAUUGAUCAAACAGAAGGAAUAAAAUGGAAUAAAGAGGAAUCCGGGAUUGCGAAUAAUAAUCCGCGUUAUGUAAAACAAAUGAAAAAUCUGUACGAAGGAAGUGAAAUAAUACAAGAAACAAUUCCAACAUCUCGAAGUGAUAGUAUCGUUUCAAAUAUUUCUUCAAAUUUACCGACACCAAGUAGCACGGGUUCAUGUGAUCGUGCACCCGAAGCAUUAUCAUCACCAGCUUCAUCAUUGUUCAGUAUUUCUGCAUCGAAUAUCAAUGACACUGUACGUGAAUUAGUUACCACAGAUUGGAGUGAUGAUCCAGAAAUGAUUGCAGGAGCAAGUUUUGAAGCAGCUGUUGAACUACGAGCUCAAUUUCCUAAUUUUCAAAUGGCUAGUAAAGGUCAAAAAAGCGAAGAAUAUGUUCGUACACUAGUUUUAUUGGAAUUUCAUCAGAAAACUCAAUAUAUGGUUCGUCAUUUAAAACAAUAUGAAUAUUUAUUAUUACGUCGUUGGCCUGUGGAACAUGCGAAAUUGGCUAAAAUUCUAUGCCUUGAUCAAAUUCCUAUAUUGAUUAGUCUUUUUCGUAGUCUUGUCACGUGUAUUGAUCAAACAAAAACAGAACAAGGUUAUCGUGGUAUGGCUGAAGCAGUUCUAGCCUGGUUAACUGAUAAUUCAUCAGCUAAUUUAAAAACAUGGGCUCGUCAUUGUCAAGCUCUUUCAUGUUCAAAUAUGUUGGAAAGUGUUCGACAUGCUGUUCGUGAUUAUGUUCGCCGACAUCCAGAUAUUGUGCCUCUAUUACAAACUAGGCAUAAUAAAUUUGUCUUAAUUGAAGGUUUAAAACAGAUGCGAAUUCUCUACUUUAAUUUACCAUUAAUUGCCAAUAAUAUUGCAAAAGAUUUAGAAAAAAAGACUAAAGUAUAUAAAGCUGAAGCUAAAAUUUGGCAACAAAUUCAAUUGAAAUUGGCCAGUUUACCACAAACUAUUGAUAAUGUUUGUAUGCCUCUUGUAAAAAGAAUUAAUCUUGGUCAAUUAUGUACUAGUUUGGAUAAAAAAGAUAUUUUAUCUAAACCACUCCCUGAUUUAUUGCUACCGUUUCAACAUUUACUUCUGAACUUCCCUCGUGUAUUAUUUCAUUAUUGGGUUGUCGCACAUGCUGAAGUAACUGUUGAUAAAUUAACAGCGAAUCGAUCAAAUAAAGUAAAUCAUGAUUAUAUUUGUGAACGAACAGAUAUGUUAGCUAUUCUCUUACACAAUGCACUUAUUUUAAUGGUGAAAGAUAAUGAACGUUACAUUCUACGAAGUUUUAAAGCUGUACGUGAACAAGGCGGUGUUGGUAGUAGCGGAAGCUCCAGUACUUCUGGUGGUAGUGCUGUUGGUGCUGUUGAACGUUUCUCCAGUUUCGGAUCAUCCGGUACAAUUAGCGAGAAAGAUCGAUCUAACCUCAACAAUCUAUCUGGUCAUUCUUCUGUCUCUUCAUGUAGUUCCCUGAGUUCUGCUGUGCCCAAUUCAAAUAUUCAAUCACACGCAAGCCUCGUGUCAGCAGCAGCUAAUGCUGCAGUUGUCAGUAUGACUGAUCGUUCUUCGACAUCUUUGGGAAGUUCAAAACUUGUACCUAUAUUCCCAUUGAUAGAUGUGUUUACUUCAUGUGGUGAAAAAUUUGGUGGUGAUCAUCUAUUAAAUAUUGUCUUUAUGAAACAGACAGUUUUGAUUCGGUUAUUGUUUUCAAAAGAAGAUGAAAGACAAAAUUGGUCAGCUUAUAUACAAGAAAAUAGUGUGACUACACAAAAUAUUGAUCGACAACGUGCACUGAAACCACCGACUUCUGCUGUUGCCUCCUCUUCGUCACCAUCAUCCUCUACUGAAAGUCGAUCAACAGUCGGUAUCACUUCUGAAUCAAUUAUGCCUAAAACUUCAGAUAUUACACCUACCACUACUGAUGAAGCAUCAGUCAUUACUACUGCUCAACCAUCAACGCAAGAUUUAAAAACUUCAUUCGGUAUUCUCUCUGUAACGUCAUCAGCUAUUACAAAUAAUAAUGAUAAAACUAUUUAUUCAUCAGAUAUUAAUAGUAGUGAUAUAAUUAGUCCAAAAGAAGAAUCCACUGGAUUUGUUGAUAAAUUACAAACUUCUAUGAAUGAACUAUUGGAACAAACGCGACAAAUUAUUUGUGAAAAAUACAAUAUAUCUAAAGAAGAAUUAGCCAGUGCAAUGGAUGAGGGUAAUGAUGUGGAAGAUAUAUUGAAUCCUGGAAAAAUUCUGUUGUUCCAGAUAAAAUAUUUUGCAAAAUGCUUUAAUUUAAUAACUCGAACUCUUGCUCCACAAGCUUCAUCAUCUUUUCCAAAUCAAAUGCAAAAUCAUCUUGAAUUUAUAAAUGACGAAAGUAAUCAGGAGUUUGAAAUGUCACUAUGGCAAAAGAAAAGACAAAGUUCUUUGUCAUGGACAGAAGGUUAUCUGGAGUCACUUAGCCGGAAUCCUGUACUAAAUGUUGACAGCAACGAAGUAACUUGCAGUACUGGAUCAGAAAGAUCUCAGUUUGAUGUUGUUAAUUCGCCCUCAAAGGACUCUAACUCCAAAGCUGCACAUUCUUCUCCAAACCUAGUCGGUUCAGAUAGUGAACGUGGUCGUAUAGAGAUUCAAGACAAACGAAAAUCUAAACGUCGAUCAAGGCAGUCUGAAGCAGGUCCUGUUUCGAAUUCAGAUUUUACUUUCUUUGAUAAUCUAUUGAACAAGGAAUUAAUUACAAUGGCACCGGUAUUUGCAAAAUCUGUCAUGUGUUUAUGCAAGUUAACUCAUCAAGACAUAUCGCCAAAUAAUUUAUUUAAAGAAUCUACUAGUACAAGAAAGAGUUUAUCAAGAUCAUCUGUUCAAAUUGAUUCUCAAAUGCAUUGGACUAACGGUAGCAAUGUUGAAUGUCCAGUCAGUGAGAGUAGUGAUGUAGUUGAAGAUGAAGAAGUCAGAACAUUGGAGAAUUCUAUCAUCGAUUUAUCUUGUUCCCAAACAACCGAUACAUUAAAUGAAGCCAAACUUCACACUGAACAGUCAGAUGCAAUACAUAGUGGAUUCAGUUCAUCUGUAGAUCAAGAUUUAAAUGCAGUCGCUGCACAACUUGUGUCUGAUGUGCUGGAAAAUGCCAAAAACUAUUUCUCAGGUCAUGUCAUACAACCUGAUGAUGCAGAACAAAAUGAAGUAAUUGUUAUUCGUGACAGUGGAUGUGCGCCAUCUGCCACAGAUGAGGAUGAUGAUUAUGAUUAUGAUGAGGUUGAUGACGAUGAUGAUCACGUGAAUAAUGAUGAGACAAUCGAAGAAAUAUCCGAAAAUCAUAACGAUAUCUUAACACUAUCUGGAACUAUUUCCACUCCUGACAUUUCAACUCCUAAAUUACUAGAUGUUGCUUCUAUUUUCGAUGAUAUCUCAUUGGAUCGAAACAGUCAGUUAGAUAAGACACCAUCAUUACACGAUGAUUUACUCACUGAUAGUGACACGGUUGAUGUUGAAUCACCAUGUCCUGACAUUUUUACAUCGGAAACUACUACUUCUAUUGAUGCUCCUGCUACCAGUAUUACAACAGCAACCAAAACUAAUACGACUAACACUAAUGCUGCAAUAACAACAAAUAUUGGUCGUAAUGAUUCUCAAAAGUCAACUACUUCAAGUGGAUAUGUAGAUUCUGGUGAUGAUUAG